GCUAAAAAUUCAAGACCAAGAUCACCAAACGCCAUCGUUGGUGGACGAAAGCGAAUCGCAAAGGAUCGCGGUCAAUUUAGCUGGUACGUACAACCCGACAAGAAGGGUAAGAGGAUAAAACCGUUUAAUUUACGAUCAUGAGCAACUAAUCCACUUCAGGCUAGUUACAUUUCUACUUCAACUGUGCAGAACUAGGCUUACUUCACAUGGCCGGUCAAAAUUAAGCCAAUGCGUUAAACAAAGUUCCUUCAGGUGAUCCUCCUUCUUGCUGAUUCUUUGUUGUAAUACUUUUGCUGCAACCAAAAUGAUAUACGGCGUUUUUUAUUCUCUUGUAUUGCAAUAUUCUUUUAUCGCCAGCUAAUGUUGAUUCCCUGCUUCUCAUUUUUAUGGUAGCAUCUUAAAUUCAAUGUGAGUUCUAGUAUAUAAUAGACUGUUUCUAACUGAUCUGUUCCACUAAAUAUGUACGGAAAUUUGUACGGAUAGUACCAUGGCACUCUGGAACUACCCUGACAUAGUAAUUGUUGCGUUCAAUUGCGAUAAGACAUUAUAUGUCCAAUGUAUAAUUACUAAAAGAUUUAUACACGCCGGGGUGAUUGAUGUUUCCCGUGGGCUACGUAGAAGAUCAAACGGGAGCAUUAAACCAAGGGUGGAUUAAAUCCUCUAUAUUAUUAAGUGAUGACUACCUAGAUGUUUCUUUCCAUCUUGUAAGUUAAACAAACGAAGAUUAAUGAUGAUCGACGGUCAUAUAAAGAACUUUGCGUAUGUUCACAAACCAGUUUAGGUAAGUGAUCUUGCCGUUUCGAAUCAUAUUUUACAUAUGAACUAUACGCCAAUGAUAGCGUCCGAAAAUAACCUAAGGGAGACGAUUACGGAAAUCGUACUUUCUUUUCGUUGUUCGUGUUAAUCUCGACUGUUCCAUUGGAUUUUCAUUGGUUAAUACAUUAUUAUCAUGACAGCAUUUUUACAAUUAGACCGCUUUGAAUGUUUCGUCUGUUUAUCCUGCAGCUUCGAAGGAAAACCUCACAUGCCAUCGUAUGCAAUAAUUGGUUAUGAAUAUUUCAGCUUUGUUUAAAUUACGCUUUCAAAGAAAGAAAAUUUGUUAUAUCAAUUUAAAAUGCUUUAGUUGGUUAGUUUUUCUUUGGAACAGUAUUACACAGCGGUAGAGAAGCCUGUUACAGAAGAGCCAGCUGAAGGCCAAGUAUAGAAAAAGCUUUUUGUCGCCUGUAGGAUCCUGCAGUAUCAUAAGUGUUUUAUGUGUAACAGCUAAAAAAACAAACGCGGACCAGGUAACAGUACGAUAUGCAAGUAGUGUCCUGUUUCUCGUAAUCAAGCAGUUCAAUUGUCUGGGCAAUGAGCGGCUCAGUCUCAAAAUCUACGCGGGUAGUCGCGGAUUCGAACUCGAAAGAUUUCGCAAACUGAGAGAGCAUCAGAGCUGGCUGCCGUAGAAAACCUAAAAAAGACGAUGGAACUGCUUCGCAUGAACCUCGCAGCGAGCGCAGGACCGGCGAAAAAUCUUGCGCAGGCCGCUGGAAAGAAAUAUGAGUUCUGGAGUACUCAACCGGUGCCUAAAAUUGACGAGGAUAUCACCACUAACGAAGCUAUCGACAACACUAUAACGAAAGAGCAGAUUCGCAAAGAACCCUACAGUUUACCUGAACAAUUUAUUUGGUGUACGGUAGAUCUGGAAGAUGAUGCGCAGUUAAAGGAGCUCUACCAACUAUUAAAUGAAAACUAUGUUGAAGAUGAUGAUAACAUGUUCCGGUUUGACUACGCCCCAGAGUUCCUGAAAUGGGCACUUAUGCCUCCGGGUUGGUUACCCCAAUGGCACGUAGGGGUGCGUGUUGCAAAAAGCGGCAAACUUGUGGGAUUUAUCUCGGCGGUACCUGCACAUGUCCGAGUAUACGACAAGCCCGUCCGUAUGUCCGAAGUGAACUUCCUCUGCGUGCAUAAAAAGAUGCGAUCAAAGCGCGUAGCGCCUGUACUAAUUCGCGAAAUCACGCGACGUUGUAAUAUUGAAGGCAUUUUUCAAGCGGCCUACACGGCGGGCGUAGUCUUGCCCAAACCCGUUGGAGUUUGCCGGUACUGGCAUCGGUCGCUCAAUCCGAGGAAGCUGAUCGAGGUCAAAUUUUCCCACCUGACUCGCAACAUGACUAUGCAACGCACCCUGAAAUUACACAAACUGCCGGAGCAACCGAAGAUCGCGGGUUUCCGGGCAUUCAAUCCAACUAGCGAUGGAAAGCAGGCAUUUUCGUUGCUUAGUAACUACCUAAAGAAGUUCCAACUGGCACCACAGUUUACACUCGAGGAGUUUCUACAUUGGUUUACUCCUCGGGAUGGUGUCGUUGAGAGCUACGUUGUUGCCGAUCGUUCAGACAAAGUGAAAGAUUUUGUCUCAUUCUACUCGCUCCCUUCGUCAAUUAUGCAUCAUCCGUUUCAUAAAACCCUUCAAGCCGCCUACACAUUCUACGCCGUCGCCAACUCAGUAACGCUCUGCGAGCUCAUGUACGACGCACUUGUCGUUGCCAAAAACCGUGGGUAUGACGUUUUUAAUGCCUUGGAUUUGAUGGACAAUAAGGAGUUUCUGGAAGAAUUGAAGUUUGGAAUUGGGGACGGGAACCUCCAGUACUAUCUUUACAAUUGGAGAUGUCCUGCGCUCGAGCCGGAAAAAAUUGGUUUGGUCCUUCAAUGACCCGCUUUGUUGCUUGUGUUUUCAAAACUGCCCUGGUAACGUGGGCAAAAGACGGAACCAAUGCGUUGCCAUAUCGGAGCCAGGGUUAGAUGAAACACGACACGAAUAUUUGAAAUGCACACAUCCGCACACAGAAGUCUAUAGCCUAUCGCCAUCGAGGAUAGAGGUCUGCAUCGGCGGGCCAUGGGGGUUUGGUUAAUGACUGGAUUUUUAAGGAAGUUGAG